AUGACGCAGCCGGCACUAAGCGGCUAUCAGAUCUCCGACUUCCCUUUUGAUCCUCCAAAAGCCGCCAAUCGCGCCUUCGCAUCUUCCGCUGCGACCCUGAUCAAAAUGACUCUCCUCUCCCUUUCGCCAGCCAGCCUCCUCGCCUCUAUAUCGUCUUCCGCGCCCAUAGUCAAUCGUUUCGCCAUCCUCAGAGCCUCUCCACUAUACGUCCCUAAUCUCUUUGCCUUGUCAAGCCCGCGAAUAGGAAGCUUUCCACGCUCUCAGCUUCCACGACGCCUGUGA